UAGCGCGGCGCGCGCAUGAAAGAAUUGAGGCCCAAAAAGGCGCGGGAGAAUGAAAAAUUAGAAGGCACUCGAAGCCCAUCACGUCCACUCGGCCUUAUCCACACUGCAUCUGGCUGCCAUCGUUCUCCCGCAUCAGCUGCCGCACUGCAUCUCGCCGUCGACUCCGCCAACCCUAGCGCAGUCGCCGACUCACCCCCUCCUUGCCGCCCCGCCCCGCCCGGCGCCAUCCCCUCCAUCACGCAGCCAGCCUCCUGCAACCCCCGCCUCGACCCAGCACCGCCGCCUCUGAAUCCCAUACUCACGCUGCCACCAAAUCCCCAUCGACAACUCCCCACACCCACACCUCCGACGCACGCCGCCGUCCAUUCGCAUCCACGUCGCACCCGCAUCCCCGCCCAGAGCCACCGCCGCAUUCGGUCAAAAUCGGGCAGCACGGCAGCCGGCAGCCAGAUCCACCAUGAUGCAUCCAGAUCCACCGUGCCCAAGUCAUGGAGCUUGUCCACAAGGUUCGACCAGAUCCACGUUGCCCAGGGGGACCUGACGGAGAAGGGGGAGAAGGACCAUCGGGAGGUCUUCAUGGCACGUUUCAUGUUUCAGAUCCUUGCCCACAACCGGCGCUGCUCCGACCCUAGUAUAUGGGACAAGGUCCGCCCCCUCUCUCGAUUUGCUCUCCUUUCCUUUCUUCAUUUCCUUCGAUUGGAUUCACGGAUGGGUUCGUCACAGGAGGAUCCCUGACCUAUUCAACAAGCUCAAGGAGGAGAAGGAGCCCUGCCUACUUAAUGGCGCGCUUCAUCAAAACCACGACCAAGCCAGCCCUCAAGCAAAGGUACAAUUUCAUACCCACCAAAUCUCAACCUGUACUGUAUUUUUUGUUUCUUCAUCAUCCAGCCGCGGGUCUUGCAAUUGUACUGAUAUAUAUGUGUGGUUAGACUAAAACUGAAGCAUCCUUCCUUUUUGGAUCUUCAAUUCUGCUAUGAAUGAAUAUGCAGCAGCAACCCAUCUAAGAAAAAACGACACAUAUCCAUGCAGAUUACUAGCACCAAGUGGAGUGCACAUUCCAGUAAAAUCUUAUCAGUUAAUGUUCUUGACAAACUUCUAUAGUCCUGAAAACAGUGGAAUACAGUAUUUUGUUGAGAAAAAAGUGCUAUCUUGUUUUUCUGUAGAGGGAUUUCACUCUUUGCUAUGUGACAGAUUGACAGUUGUGCUUGCUAUCUCCAAUGUUGACCUGGAAACUGCAGAAUCAUAUGUGCGCAUUGUGUAAAAAGCUGAGAUUGUGAUUGAUAUGCAGGUUAGAUAAUAAGGUAUAAGACUCUUAUACGCUGAUGUAUAAGGUUGCAAUGAAUGUCCUUUUGGGGUCUUUCAUAGCAGAAAGUUAUAAUUUUCUGAUACAUUGUUAUAUAAGGCUCUAGACACUGCAUAAUCUUUUGAUUUUAGUUUGAAUACCUUGUAAUUUGUUUUUAUCGUUGCAUGUUAUCGUUUGACUCUAUUUCGAACACCUCAAAGAUUGCUUUGGCUAGUACUUAUGAUUUCAAAGCCUUAUUUAGUUUUAUAAAAAAUAUUGAUUUGUGUUGGCUUGUGAUAUUUAGGCAAGGAUUGAAACUUAGUAGUACAAACAAACGUGAUGCAGUGACACGACAUGAUAGGUAGUUCUAAUACUAUGCAUGCAGAUCGAGGUUGUUCGUAAAGUUAUGCAGAAGCAACCAUGACAGCCGGUAGCAGUCCUCGCAUCUAGAAGGUCACCAAUAUAAUGCCUUUGCAUCCACAAGUUUCUAGAGGUGUGUUUGGUCAGCUAAAAAGGAUCUUCUGCUGGAAUAUGUUUCUACCUAAAACGGAAUCUUAUAUUUUGCACUUUUGUCUUUUAUGUAAUGCUUUGACUUAUGAACCUACAAAUUUAUGCAUGUGUACAUGUAGACCUGAUGGAUGUCCUGUUACUGGACUUGUAUGCUUAUGUGUGCACGUAAGCACGCAAGAUGGAUCUUUGUGCUUUUGGCUGUCUUAGACUUGUGUAUACACACACACACACAUUAUCUAUUAAGUGAUGCAAUCUUAAUUACUGGA